AUGGCCAACAGCAUGGCCAUGGCCGGCAUGGGUGGCGGGGCCAUGGCCGGCAGCGGCGGCGGCGGCGCAGGCGGAGCCGCCCCCGGCGGCCACGGGUACGUGAACCCCAGCAACAACGCGGCGCUGGGCAGCAGCAGGCCCCGCCCCGCCCCGCCUCGCCCCGCCCCGGCCGCCGUCCGGGCCCCGCAGGCCUCGCCGCGGCGCCCUGGACGUAAAUCCCUCGCCGCCGCCACCCUGCCGGCAGCAACGCCCGCGCCCCGCCGCUACAGAGCAGGCCAGGCGGCGCCCGCCUGCCUCCCUGCCGUGUUUUGGCCCACCCCUCCCCUCCUAGCGACAGGGCACAGGUGGCGGGGGCGCGGCCUCUCCUCGUUGUAUUUUUGUAGUGGGUCACCAAGUGACAGUUUUGGUAAUGGCGGCGCGGCGCCGCUCAACACUGACGGGACUCAGGCAUGGAGGGUCCCCGAGCCGGGCCGCGGGGAGCCUCGCUGCCGCCACCGCCGCCACCGUGAGCUGGGCUGCCUGGCGCGGCACGGCGUGGCGGCGCGGCCAGCACAGGGGCGGGGCGCACCAGUGGUGGUGGCAGGUGGCGAUGAGCCGGACAGUGGGCGGAAGACGCCACACACCGGUGUCAAGCGUUAUAUUCCCCCUGCCCCUCCACCCCACACCCGACAGCCCCAGCCCCAGCCCCCUCCUGAGCCUCCCCAGCCCCCUCCUCCCCCUCCCAUUGUUGUGUUGUCACUGGGUCAACGCGGGGGGGGCGGGGCUGCCAGGCGUGCUCCGCCUCCCCCUAUUUUUUGUAUAAAUGUUCCUUAUCACUCUGUGUAUUAA